UGGUUGAAGGCAAGGUAAAAUAUUGCGAAACAUGCAUUCUGUAGGCCAAAACAUAUGUGCAAGAGUCUGAGAUUUGAGAAAAAUUACGAUCAGAAGCAAAUCGCUUCUGUUGUAGCAGCGACGGAGAGAAGACUCGUAUCAGUGUUUGUGGCAAACAUAUCAGGGAGGAAGAAACAAUUCAAUUAAGCUUAAGGAAGGAGAGGAUUCUCCAUACUUGGAGUUUGGUUACUUCAAAGUACCACUGAAGAUCCAUGAGGAUGAAAUUUGCUAGUGCUAUUGCCAUUGCUCUUGCUAUUGCUGCGGCAUCACCAUUCAUAGCGGCAUCGCCAUUCGUGAGAUGGAUUUGGGGGAAAAUUAGGGAGCCCUUGAUCAUUGCAGUUGAAGGUGCUACAGCAUGGACAUUCAUAGCGGCAUGUCCUUUCAUAAUUUGGGCUUGGGAGAAAAUCAGGGAGCCCUUGAUCAAUGCAGUUAAAGGUGAGAUUUGUUACUUGUUUCACUAUGACCACAAUAUUCACAAGGUUCGCGUGGAAGCUGAGAAGCUUGUGCGCCUGAAAGAAAGGGUGUACGUUGCUGAAGAUGGUGUCCAGACCUGGCUUGAUGAUGUGGAUGUUAUCACCGCAUGGGUCAAAAAUCUCAUGAAAGACAAAGCUAAGGUGGACGAGAGUUGCCUAGGCGGAUGGUGCCACUGCAUCUCCCGAUACCAGUUGAGCAAAAAAGCAAAGCACAAAACUGAUGAAAUUACUGCCCUCCAUGAAAAGGGCAGCAAUUUCAAUAUUUUAUCCCACCCCGCUCUACCUUCUCUGAAAGAUUUUCGCACUUUCCCAACAAGAGCAUCAGUCACGGAGGAGAUUAUGGAUGCUUUGAAGGACGACAACACUCACAUUAUUGGAAUUUGUGGAGUGGGAGGUGUGGGCAAGACGACACUAGUGAAUGAAAUUGGCAGACGUGCCCAAGACAUAGCCCUAUUCAACCGAGUUGUGAUGGUCAAAGUUUCUGAAACUCCAAGCCUGACACAGAUCCAAGAGGAAAUCGCACGCUUGAUAGGCUGUGAAUCGCACAGAGAAUCAUUAUGGCAAAAAAUAAAGUCCAGGCAGGUUCCGGUCCUGAUAAUACUUGACGAUGUCCGGGGCAAACUUGAUCUGGGGGCGGUUGGCAUUCCUUUCUGGGAGGAUCAUUGGGGUUGUAAAGUUGUGUUAACAUCUCGAAGCCAUGUUGUCUGCAAGGACAUGGGAGUUCAAAAGAUUGUUCCUGUCCAUGCGUUGGGUACGGCAGACGCUUGGGUCCUUUUCAAGGAGAUGGCCGGUGGUGAAGCUGUCGAAUUGAAUCCCAUUGCAAGAGAGGUAUCAGAUGAAUGCGGUGGUGUUCCACUAGUAAUUAUGACCAUCGCUGCAGGGUUGAAAAAUAAAAACCAGCACGUGUGGGCUGCUCGGGCUCGACAGCUGAAGAAUGCAAACUUACAACAGGGAAUGGAAAAGAACGUGUUUGCCAAACUUGAGUUGAGUUUCAAUUAUCUCGAAAGGGAGGAGGCCAAAUUAUUGUUCUUACUGUGUAGCUUGUUUCCAGAAGAUCAUGACAUUUCGGUGGAAGACCUGAUGAGAUACGCCAUUGGGCUGAAGGUGUUUGGAGAUGUCAACACCAUUGAAGAAGCAAGAUAUAGUGCCCAUGAUGUAGUAAGUACCCUUAUUGAUUCUUUUAUGUUGCUGGAUGGUUCUAAGAAAGGGUUCGUUAAAAUGCAUGGUGUUCUUCGCGAUUUUGCAUUAUAUAUUUCGUCUAAACAUGACAAGUACCGGUUCAAGGUUAUGUCUGGACUGAAAAAUUGGCCAGAUACAGAAACAUUUGAAAAUUAUUCAGCCAUCUCAUUGAUAUCAAAUGAUAUUAAUGAGCUUCCUCAUGAGCUAUCAGCCCCAAAACUCCAGACCUUGCGAAUACAAUGCAAUUCUCAGUUGCAAAUUCCAGAUGAUUUCUUCAAAGGAUCCAAAGAUCAAUUGAUUUUUUUAGAAAUGAGCGGUAUCCAUUUCAAGCCAAUACUUCCACCAUCACUUCAACCGCUUUCUAAUACCCUUCGAACCCUUCAUCUAACUUCUUGCAAGUUAGGGGACAUCUCUAUGAUAGCAACACUAAAGAAUCUUGAGAUUCUCAGCUUUAGUGGUUCUGAAAUUGGUGGAAUUCCUUGCAAUAUUGUCGAAUUGAGUCGUCUGAAACUCCUUGAUUUGACCAACUGUAAAAUGCUUUCAAAUAUAGUACCAGGCGUCAUAUGCAGACUUCCUAGAUUAGAGGAGCUGUAUUUGCCACAACGUUUUAACUUCGACAAUCUUGUUGAGCUCAAUUCCUUGUCUCGAUUGGCUUGCCUGCAAAUUUUUAUUCCAAUCGAUCUUUUGCAUAUAGAUUUAACUGAGCGCGCACGAGAGUUAACAAGUUUCGACAUAACAUUUGGCAUUGGAAAAGCAUUUGAGAGUCUUCAUGUAUACAACAAACCUUAUCCUUAUGUAAACAUGAGAAGCUUGACAAUUGACCAUGAUGGGCCAAUACAGCCAAUAAUGCUGGAUUGGGUUAAGUUGCUGUUAAAGAAGACUAAGCAUCUAUUUUUGGGCCACUUGAAGAAUUUGAAUAAUAUCUUCAGUGAACUAAACGAGGAGGGCUUCAAUGAAUUAAAGUCUCUUGAACUCGGUAGCCUUAAAGGGACGGAAUAUCUGGUGAACACAAAGGAGUCGACACCGCAGAUGGCCUUUAGCAGCUUAGAGGUUUUGUCGAUUUCUAACACGUGGAGCUUCAUUGAAAUAUGCCCUGGACAACUCCCGGACAAUUCUUUCCGCAAUGUACGAGAACUACAUGUGGAUGAGUGUAUUAACAUGCAGAAGCUGGUUUCAUCCAGUUUGCUAGGAAGGCUAAAAAAUCUUGAGAAGCUCCGUGUCUAUAAAUGUUAUAAUCUGGUACAUGUUUUUGAAGAGCAUGUAGUCGCAGAAGUGUCGCUCUCAAAGCUGAAAGAAAUUGUUCUAGAUUCUUUGUCCAAUACGACACAUAUAUGGAAGGACGGCCCCCAUCAAUUUAUUAGCCUUUGUAACCUUGAGCAGCUCUGUGUGUGUUGUUGUCCCAAGUUAAGAAAGUUACUCUCUCCAAAGCUAUUACAAUGGCUUGUUCGCCUUAAAUACCUUGAUGUUAUUGCUUGCCAUAGUUUGGAAGUAUUAUUUGGACAUGAUGAGGAGCAAGAUACGGAGACGGCAGUCCCUUUUUUGAGAAGCCUCACCCGUGUAAGCGUGUAUCAUUGCGAAAAUUUAAGACGCCUUUUCUCAACCUCCAUUGUUAAAGGCGAUCUUGAGAAACUCGAAUGUUUGAAUGUAUCCCGGUGCUACAAAUUGCAAAAUGUAAUUGAGGAUAAGAAAGGAAAACAAGAAGCGGCUUCAGUUGAAUUUCCGUGCCUGUCCUCGAUAUCACUUAUCCAACUGUACAAGUUGAAGAGUUUCUGCACUGGGUAUUAUACUAUUGAAUGGCCAUCUUUGGAAAGGCUGGAUAUCCGAUAUUGUUCCGAGAUGGAGACUUUUGGUUAUGGAGACCAAUUAACACCUCAACUGAAGAAAAUAGUGAAACACGAAUCUGAGGGGCAAGAGAUUGUGAUCACGAUCAAUGGUGGCGACCUUAAUCACGCUGUGCAAAACCACUUCGGACCCAAGGCAACAACUCCGGAGGCAGGUCCCAGUCAGUCUUCCUCGUAAAGGCAUGAUCCACUUAAAGAUUCUGUGAUCAGUAGGAGCUUGGUGAUGAUUCCCAAGAGUUUGAUUUCCAGCUAGCUCUUUCCGCAAUCUGCAAAAAUGGAAAAAUGAAAAUGGUGUGCUUGUUUCAGUUCUUGGUUAUGUGUGCUUCUUUCAUGUGUCCUAAUCUUUUGGUGUGUUUCAUUAUAUUUGUGGCGAUUUGUUUACUUGUUUAAUCCAGAAUACUGUAUCUGAGUGGAAUAUUUUAUAUAUAAAUUUGUUGUUGUUGUUGUUGAUUUAAUAAAGUAGCAUGAAGUUUUUUUCGUUUUUUU